CUAGCGUCAAGGAGCCCGACAGGAGGGAGAUGCAUCACAUGGUUGACUACCGUCCGACACUGCGCGCAGCAAUAGAAAAUCUCACCGUGACACCGCUAUGCAUUGGAGCAUCCCACGAUUCACUUGAAACGGGUCGCCAUCCGCUUACUCAAUCCCUUACGUUGUCAAUGUAGUGAGCCAGUAUAAAAUAGAACCCUCCUGUGGCUCUAAGGACAGCACCAGCUCCCACCACGACUCGCGAGUUUCCCGCCGCGUCAGGUCCACUUCACGAUUCUCUUCCACCUUCUAUAUUCCUAUUUCUUGCUUUCUUCCAAGAGACCGUGAUGCGUCUUCUAUGCUAUGUUUUAGCUGGUGUGCUGGUCGUAGGUGGAAACGCCGCUGCUAUUGACAAGAAAGCCGAGGCUCCCACCUUCAGCGUUUCGAACGUUGAGACUCCUACUCUCAGCAUCUCGGUCAGCGAAACUCCUACUCUCAGCGUCUCAAUCGUGGAGGUCCCCACCGUCAGCAUUUCAACUGUCGAGGUCUCUACCGUAGACGCAUCAAGCAGCGCUUCGUCGUUCGAGCCUUCCAGCAUCCGGUUGAGCACCGUCACGACCUCAGAAUUCCCGACCAGCAUUGUUUCAGCUAGUUCGCACCCCUCCUCAACAAGCAUCGGGAUAUCGAGCACGUUCACGAUCCCCACCAGCAUCGGGAUAUCCAGCUCGUUCUCCUUCCCCACCAGCAUCGCCACCAGGAGCUCGUUCUCCGUUCCGACGAGCAUCGAGUCAGCUACCUUCUCCUGCGCGUACCCCACCGUUACCGUCACUGUCUACCACCCUUCCUCGCACUUCACGACCGUGACUGGUACUCACAUCAGUAGCCGCUUCACGACUGUGACGGGGACAUUCGUCUCUUCGGCAUUCGGUUCGUCCGCUCCAGUUGUGACUGGCUCUGCCACCCUUUCCGCAGUCAGUUCAGCUGCCACAUCUGCGGUCGGGUCGUCUGCUCCGUCGGCCGUUGGCUCGUCCGGCGCGACGUACCCCUCGGGCACUGAAGUCAUCUCGAUACUCUUCCCCUCUGGGACCGGGGAGACCUCUACCCUCAUUCCUUCCGGCACUGAGGUCACCUCCGUUCUGUUCCCGACCGAGACUGUGGUGACUUCCACUUUGUUCCCUUCGGGCACCGUCGUCACGGCUAGCACACCCCCCAUUGCCUCCUCUGUGUCCUUUUGAAUGGGAGGCGCCGCCGCUCCCUGUAUCAACCUAGUGGGCGCAGUGGCUAUUCGUGCAAAGAACUAGGAGGUUACUUGAAGGACAGGACUUGCGCGGUGUUGUACACGCCCCGAACGUGUGUUUGGUGCCGUUGUCUGUUUUGUUUUCCAUCCUCGCGUAUUUGGACCGUUCCUUGUGAUGUUCUGGUUUUAGCUCUAUGGACUUCCUUAUGUCUCCCGUGUUUAAUGGCUUGUUAGGUACCACAUGCUGGAGAGCGUUGCAACAAUGGGGGCCGAAUAGCACACUGUGGUCACGGUUCCCGUCUUGCAUGUCAUAGACCCAUCGUACUCUCCGGUUUCAUGCAAUCCCUGCUCUGUCAUCUGUUGGCAGAAGCAUUGACUGCACGUUCUGUACCUCUGCUGAUGUGGCUCAGAUCUCAAGGUUCCGACGGCUGCCAUCGGCCCAACAUACUCCCACCUCUGGUCUCCUAUGUAUGUAUCCUUGCAAUUAACACCGUGCUCUCCUGUCUUUCCGCUUAGGGAGGCGCCAUCGUCAUGCGGCGUGAACUGCCUUCACGUAUCUGCAGACCCCAGGCUCAAUCUUUU